AUGGCGUCGGUAUCAUCCUUGGAUAAGGACCUGCGCAAGUUGCGCCUCGACAAGUACACUCCGGCCGCUGCGAAUGAAGCCAAGCAAUGGAUCGAGAGGGUGCUCGGCGAGCGCCUGCCUCCCGGUGACCUGCUUGAGGGGCUAAAGGACGGUGUGGCCCUGUGCAAACUAGUCAACCUCGUCGUCGGACCCCCUGGCGUCAAAUUCAAGCAGUCUUCCAUGCCCUUCGUCCAGAUGGAGAACAUAUCGCAGUUCCUGCGCGCCUGCCAGGCACCGCCCCUCAACCUUCAGCAGCACGACAUGUUCUUGACUGUCGACUUGUAUGAGGAGAAGGAUCCCGCCCAAGUUCUCCAGUGCAUCGGCGCUUUCAGCCGCGCCGCAAACAGUGUCAACCCUUCGGCAUUCCCAGAUCCCAUCGGGCCGCGCAGCUCGCGCGGGGGUGUAAUGAGCCCCCAGCCUACAGGAGCGGUUACCCCUACCGACCUCCGCGGCCGCGCCAUGUCCAAUGCCAGCAACACGUCGUCCAGCUUUUAUGGCAGAGGCUCGGCUCUGGCCCCUUCCAAGACCGGUGACUCUGGCUCAGGUCGGUGGAGCCCCACCAAAUCGCCAACACAAGGCACCUCGAGUCCGCCAGCACCGGUCAGCAGCUGGAGCAAGAGAGAACACGAGGGCGCAACGGCGCCGGCAUGGAACAUUGCCCAGUACGGGUACAUGGGCGGCGCAAGCCAGGGCAAUCUCGGUAUCGCAUUCGGCGGCCGUCGGCAGAUUACCAGCGCCGGCCCACAUGUUCCAACCCUGGCCGAGAAAGAGAAGCGGAGGAAGGAAAAAGAGGCCGAGGAGGAACGACAGCGACAGGAGGAAGAACGCCGACGAAAAGCCGAGAUCGAGGCCGAGGAAGAGCGGGCUAGACUGGAGGAAGAGAGGAGAUGGGAAGAAGAGACGCGCCGGCUGAGAGAAGAAGAGCGACGGAGGGUCGAGGAAGAAAGGAGACGAUGGGCCGAGGAAGAGCGCCAGUGGAAACUGACCGAAGAAAAACGGCGCAGGGAAGAAGAAGAGGCCGAGGCCCGACUACGAGAGGAGCGCCAAAGGGCCCGCAACCAAAAGAGCAACGGGCAACUGCGCGGCCAGUACCUCAGUCAGUACCAAGCUGACCAGGAGUCGGCAGACAAGGCGCGCAUAAGGCAGCUGGAAAAGGAGCUCGAGCUCGCGCGCCAACGCGAGGCCGAGUAUGAGGCAGGCCGCCAGGGACGGUCUCUACGGCCAACCAGCGCGGUUAGUGACAAAAAAGCGCGUUCUCGGUCACGCAGCCGCCCAGCCCAGCCCGUCGCCAGGACCGACUCGUGGAGUGUGCGCGACGAGCGCAAUUUCCUGGCCGCUCAAUGGUCACAGCAUCAUCAACAGCAACAACAGCACCAACCCGACGAGGCGAUCGGAGUACCAUCACCCCUGUCUCACUCAUCACGACCACUGCCGGAUCCGACAAGCCCGCCUGCCAAGGUUAAGACCCACCGGACGGGCGAGGCGCCGCCUCCGGCUCUCCCAGUCCGCAAGCAGCACACCGGUUCGCGGCCUCUUCCAGACCCGACCGCCUACACAUCGGCUUCCUCGCCCGAAGCAGCGCGACAGCGCCAGCAACAACCAUCACCCCAGCCGCCGCCUCCUCUUCCCCCGCAAAAGCAGCAGCAGCAGCAGCCGCCACCCCAAACCACCACCCAAAAGAAGACGGCCGCGGGCGGUGGUGGGGGCUGGGCGUCCAAGUCGCUGCUGGAGAGGGAGAUGGAGCUGGAGCGGCAGCGGCAGCGCGAAUGGGAGGAGGCGCAGCAGCAGACGGCCAAAGCUGCGGCAGCGGGCACUGCUGGGGUGGUGGAUGGCAUUGGCGGCGGUAUCGGCGGUCGCUGGGACGUCAGCCAGUGGGCCGGCUAUACGGGGGGAGACAGCCAGAAUAAGGGAGCCCAGGGGAUUGGGGCGAAUCGUAGGCAGAUUGUGGGGCCUAGGCCGCUUCCUAAUCCGCCUAGGUGA